AUGGAGAGAGAUGCAUCUGCAGAUGUUGGAGGUCAGUCGGCGUCGCGCAGAUUGCACAUUGCACAUUGCACAUUGCACAUUGCAGCCGGCCACGGCGGCCACGGCGGCCACGGGAUCAGCAAGGGGGACGUGGGCAGGCCAGCCCAGCCCAGCCCAGGCCAGCCCAGGCCAGGAACCGAUCAGGAAUAUUGCGUGACGACGUGGACGCCGCAAGACCUGGGAACGCCGGUAGUGGGAAGACCCAACGAGACACCCACCCAUCCACGAGUCCACCGUCACAGCCAACCGGGCAGACGCGGGACGCGGGGGCCGGAAGCCGGGUGGCGGGAGGCGGGAGGCGGGAGGCGGGAGGCGGGAGAGCGGGAGGCCAGAGAAGUCCCGGGAAGCCGCCAUUUGAUCUCCGAAGCGGAAGAUAGACACGAUUGCAUCGUGCAUGGUUGUGCAGUAUCAGGCUGCGAAGUAUCUACCAGAAACAAAGUAUAUCCAGACAAGACCUCUGGCUAUUGUUCUACGGGCCUUCUUUCAACUCCACUCCCUCUAUGUGCCGUCCUCGUCCCGUAUCUCGCUACCGUCUUAUCACCACCCGGGCCCGCAGAAUGCAAGUACAACGACCACUUGGCACUUCGACGGACUCGGGAGAAGCAUCACAUCUUGCAUCCCGGAUCGGUGAUGGACCACUUCCCCUCUCUAAAUAUAUUCCAAUGGACGUAG